AUGUCGUCCACCGAUGUUGAACCCAAGGGGCCUCAGGGCCCAGAGGAUACUUUUGAGGCCUCGGUUUUCCCAGUUUCCACCCCGGACGCUGUCGAUGAGAAGAACAUUGACUCCUCCAAGAUCCAUAAUGUGUCUAGUGAAGACCACAGUGACGAAAGCGACCGCAGCAGCAAGGAUGUUAUCAUCGUCACCGGCGCCGAUGCCGCUCGCCACCUGCUACCCAUGAGGGACGACCACGACAAUGCCUUGACGUUUCGAAGUAUGCUUUUGGCCUCUGGCCUUGCCUGCUUCCAGGCCGUCAUGUAUCAGAUCUACAUUUUUAAACCUACCAACAUCACCAUUCAGGGAACCUUUAUCGUCCUCAUCUCCUACUUCAUCGGCAAUGCUUGGGCCUUUUUUCUUCCCCGUGGCGAUAAGAUCGAAGCUCGAUGGAGAGCGGAAGGCAACACAGCCCGGCUUCCCUUCUGGAUUAGGGCCAUCAAGUUCAUUAACCCUGGACCCUGGGGUCUGAAGGAGCAUGCCAUCUGUUCCAUCACGGCUACUUCGGCUUCGAAUGCUGCCGCUAGUGUCCAGGUCUUUGCUGCCCAGGAUCUCUUCUACGAUAUGCCAUUGAGCGCGACUACGGUUAUUCUGAGUACCAUCUCCAUUGGUCUGUUCGGCUACGGCAUCUGCGGUGUCAUGCGCCCAGUUACUGUCUGGCACGUAGAUGCUGUCUACUGGAGUAACCUACCCACUGUCAAGACUCUACAGGGACUUCACUGGCAGGAAAUCAAGAACUCUAAGCCUCUGCGUUAUUUUUGGUACAGCUUCACCGGCAUGUCGAUUUAUGAAUUCUUCCCCGCCUAUAUCUUCCCUUGGCUGAAUUCGAUUUCAGUUCCGUGUUUGGCCGCCAUGAAGGCGACUGGCGACAAGGCUGCGACACUCACCCGCGUUUUUGGUGGUGCUACCAACAACGAGGGCCUUGGUCUCUUCAGCCUCUCUCUUGACUGGCAAUACAUCACAUCAUUCAACACCUCCCUUCCUCUCCCCCUCCAGGCCCACAUGGCAGUUGGAUUUUUCUUUUGCUACAUCAUCAUGGUCGGUAUCUAUUAUGGCAACGGAUGGGGAGCCAAGUCGCUUCCCUUCAUGUCCACGCGACUUCUCUUGGAGAAUGGUACAACAUACCCCAUCGCCGAGGUGUUCCAAGGCGGCGUUCUCAACGAACAGCGCUUGUUUGAGUAUGGCCUUCCCAGGUUGACGGGAACAUUUGCCUUUGCCAUGUUUAUGGCUAAUGCUGCUAUCGGAGCCCUUCUGCUUCACUGCAUCUUAUUUUGGGGCAAGGAUGUUGUCAAGGCUUUCAAGAGCGCAAGGGAAGGCCGAUAUGAUGAUCUCCACCACGACCACAUGGCAAAGAACUAUAAAGAAACCCCCUGGUGGUGGUACAUCUCCAUUUUGGUUGGUAGUUUCAUCCUUGGCCUCGUCGUCGUCGUCAAGGAGAACAUUACCCUCCCAGCCUGGGCAUAUGUGGUCUCUCUCAUUAUCGGCAUCAUUAUUGCGCCAGUGAGCACUCUGCUUUACUCUCGUUAUGGAAAUGGAAUUGCCACAAACAAUCUCUCCAAAAUGCUGGCUGGUCUUAUGCUGCCAGGAAAACCUGUUGGCAACAUGUACUUCGCUGCUUGGUCUCACAACGUUAUUUCUAAUGCUGUCAACCUGUCUGGUGAUCUCAAGAUGGGAGAAUACCUCAAGAUCCCACCUCGCGUCAUGUUCCUCACUCAAGUCUGGGGAACCAUCCUGGGAGGCUUCAUCAACUAUGCCAUCAUGAUCAGCAUCGUUGGCAGUAACCGAGAGCUCCUCCGUGAUGGCGAUGGCAACUCGUCCUGGAGCGGCGCUACGAUGCAGUCGUACAACACCAAUGCAACCUCUUGGGCCCUCGCCGGUUACUUGUAUAAGCUUGGUAAAACUUAUCAGAUUGUGCCCUUCGGUUUGCUCGUUGGUGGUGGCUUGGUUAUCCUCCACCGAAUCUUCUACAAGUUCUACCCCAAGAUCAAGAACUUCGAUGUCGCAGACAUCAACUUGCCCCAGUUUAUCCAGUUUGCUGGUUACAUCCCCUACAACCAGAGCCAGACUUGUGUUAUCUUUAGUCAACUGAUCGCAGGCUUCUUUGUCCAGUUCUACCUCCGAAACUAUCGCCCACGCAUCUUCAAGGACUACUCGUACCUGGUGACUGGUGCUUUUGAUGGAGCCAGUCUCACCGUUCUCUUCAUCCUCUCCUUCGCUGUCUUCGGCGCCGGUGGCCCCGGACAUCCUUUCCCUACCUGGUGGGGAAAUAACGCCGAUGGGAACUAUGAUCACUGUCCCGUACCUGAGUAG